CGUAAAAUAUUAAAAUUAUAUAUAUUAAAGCAUAUUUUUAAAAACAUGUAAAUAUAAAUAAAUUUUAAAAAUGUAUUAUAUUAAAAAUGUAUAAGCUAAAUAAAAAACAUAUUUUGAAGGAGGUUCUCUAUUUGAUUAUUUCAGAUUGUUAUUUUGUUGUGUCUAACUCAAAAAUAUAUGAGAAAUUUUCGUGUUUACCACAUUGUUGAUACUAUUAUUAUUUUUACCAUAACUAAAGAGACAUUUUUAAAAAUACAUUUUUCACUAAGAUGCAAAGACUCUUAUAUCAUUGUUUUAUAUAUAUAUAUAACAAAUAAUUAUUUAAUAAAAAUAAAAUUCAAAUUAUACUUUUUUAAAUUCAAAUUUUUACAAUAAUUUAUUUAUAUAUUUAUUAGAAUCAUAAACUCCACAUUCCAAAAACUCUACCUCACUCUCAACUCUAAACCCUAAGUCGCAUUAGUUAACCAUAUGAUUAUAAUUAUUUUUAAAUAAGGAUAAAAGUGGUAUUAUAAAUGUUGUAUUUUUGUUAAUUUCCCAAAAUAUAUUUCUAAGUAAUAAAAAAUAAUAACAAAAAUGUAUUAAACAAAUCACUAUAUAUUAAUAAUGCCGAUUAAAAAUUAUAAACAAUAAUAUUAUAGAAUUACACAAUAUAUAAGUAUAACACUAAAAUGGAAGUUAUAAAUUCAAAUCAUUUGUAAUAACAUCUAAUAUAUUUAUAAAAUAAAAAAAUAUCCACACGGACGUGCGGAUCAAAAUCUAGUAUUAUUUAAACCUACACAAUAUUAUAUGGUUCAUGUUAUAAAUUUUAUAUUAACAUUGAUAAGUUUGAUACGGGUUAGAUGAAGAGAAUCAGAAAGUUUUGACUGUUAUGGUUAUAGUGGUCUUAUGGCUACCUAAUGACAUUUUAGUAGCUUUAACAGUUAAAUAACAAAAUAGAAUAAGUAAUAAAAUUGUUAAUAUUAUGGUAAUAAAAGAAUAAAGUAUUAUUGAUUAUUUUGUGAAUUGAAAAAAACCGAUUCAGAAACCUUUGAAAUUUGGUUAUCCUUUUUAUAGAAAAGAAAAUUUUAUAUUUAAAACCUUAGAAAGAAGAUUUAGUUUGUCAAUGGUUUUCAUUUAUUUUUUUGCUAUAUAACAACAAUAUACAGUACUUUAUUAUUGUAAUAAUCUAAAAGGUUGAGCAUUUUUUUGCUGUGUGUUUUCAGAAAGGUCAGUUAGGUCAUGGAGAUAUGAUCCAACGUGACAGGCCUACCGUUGUCUCAGGACUCUCUAAGUGAGUUUCUGUUUCAUCUGGUGUUUUGCACAUGAAGUGAUGCUCGUUAGACAUUGAUUUUUUUUUUCUGGUUUAUCUUGUUUUGUUGAAGGCACAAGAUUGUGAAAGCAGGAGCAGGGAGGAGCCACACGGUUGUGGUUAGCGAUGAUGGCCGGUCCUUUGCUUUUGGGUUGAAUAAGCAUGGGCAGUUGGGUUUAGGCACCGCCAAAAACGGUAUGAAACAUCUGAAUCUAUUUCUGCUUUGUGUCCUCUUUACCGUUUUAAUGGUGUGAAUUGUGUAUAUUCCAGGAUUUGUUUCUGUAGAAGUUGAAUCGUCGCCUCUUCCAUGUGUUGUGUCUGAUGAGGUCACAAACAUUGCCUGUGGGGCUGAGUUCACGGUGUGGUUAUCUUCUACCGAAGGAUCCACUAUACUGUAAUGGUUUCUUUAAUCUUUGGUCUAGUUUUGUUGUUUUGACUCUAAUUGCUUUCUUAAUUGAAAAGUGUUUGUUUAUAGGACUGCCGGACUCCCACAGUAUGGUCAACUUGGUCAUGGAACUGAUCAUGAGGUAAUCUAUUCAAAGCUCAAUAAAUGUUUUCAUGUUUGGAGCAAAUUGUUUGUGAUUAUUUUGAAACUUCCAAACAUGUUUAUGAGGUUACGUUGCUACUGUGUCUUUUCAGUUCAAUAUGAUGGAAACAUGGGUUUAACUCGCCUACGAAGCUCAGCCACGUCCUAAAGCCAUAGCCUCUCUUGCGGGUGAAACAAUUGUCAAAGUUGCAUGUGGAACAAAUCACACAGGUAUAUAACCAUUAUUAUUUUUUUCUCUCUCUCUCACCCAAAAAUCUUUUGCCUUUCAAGAAAGCUAACUUCAAAUUCUAAAAUUGUCAAAAUUCCCUCAUUCAGUGGCCGUCGAUAAGAAUGGGUUUGUUUACACAUGGGGCUUUGGUGGAUAUGGAAGGCUUGGACAUAGGGAGCAGAAAGAUGAAUGGUCUCCUCGCCGCGUUGAUGUGUUUCAGAUACAUUUUGUUUUGCCUCCAAAUGCCAUUGUCUCUGCUGGCUCUGCAAACUCCUUUUGUAGUGCUGGCAAGUGACUUUAAUCUGAACUGCCUUUACAUCGUGUGUUACUCCUUAUGAUCAGAUAUUUAUACGUUUCUGGUUUUUUUUUUUCAGCCGGGGGACAGUUAUACAUGUGGGGAAAGGUUAAAAACAAUGGUGAAAAUUGGACGUACCCUAAACCUAUGAUGGAUUUAAGUGGGUGGAACUUGCGGUGUAUGGAUUCAGGAAGCUUGCAUCAUUUUGUUGGUGCGGAUAGUUCUUGCAUUAGCUGGGGUCAUCACGCUCAGAAUGGAGAACUUGGUUAUGGCCUCAACGGUCAAAAAUCCUCUGUAGCGCCUAAAAAGGUUGAUAUACUCGAGGGAAUGCAUGUGAUGGGUGUGGCAUGCGGUUCAUGCCAUUCUAUGGUCAUCAUAGUUGACAGAACAGACAUCACUGAUCGUCCUUGAGCAGGUAAGUUAAGA